CCAAAUUCUCUUCCGGCGAACGAAGGUCUUACGUUCCCGGCGCGUGACGCAGCACGCUUAACUAUAAAUACGUGCCGGCGGCUGCCGACUUCCCUCUGAUCUCUCGGACGACGUGCAAGAUGGCGUCGCAGAAAGUCAAGAAGCCUAAGAAGACAAUCUGGAAGUUUGGUUUGGACCUUACUCACCCAGUAGAAGACGGAAUUUUUGAUUCUGCAAAUUUUGAACAGUUUCUGCGGGAAAAGGUUAAAGUCAAUGGAAAAACUGGAAAUCUUGGGAAUGUGGUUCACAUUGAACGCUUCAAGAAUAAAAUCACAGUUAUUUCGGAGAAACAGUUCUCUAAAAGAUAUUUGAAAUAUCUUACCAAGAAAUACCUUAAGAAGAACAGUCUUCGCGAUUGGCUUCGUGUGGUUGCAUCUGACAAGGAGACUUACGAACUUCGAUACUUCCAGAUUAGUCAAGAUGAGGAUGGAUCUGAGUCUGAGGACUAGGCGGGGCCUCCUUUUAGAGGGCUCUGCUUAGCAGCGAAACAAAUGAUGUAUUCCAGAGAAACAUCUAGCACUGGACUUAAUAGUUUACUGUGAAUAAAAAGCACAGCACUCUGUA